ACAGACAGCAUGGACAGCCUGGCCAGGUGGAAGGACGACACCCCUCCCAAUGGCAAUGACACCACAAACUCCAACGAGAACAGCCAGUUCAACACCGUCAUCUACAACACCUCAGACAAAGACUGCAAAGCUAACGACACCUACAACAGUAAUCAGAAGGAAGGCUUCGACAGCCAUGAUGGCAGAGGCAGCAAAAAACACGCUUCUAUAGUCACCAUAAAUAAUAAUAAUAGCUGGGUCUCCAAUCAGUCGGAUGACAGCAAAGGGUAUCUAGAAAGAGACAAAGAAAUCCCCCAUGAUAAUAAAAGAGAUAGUUUUGAAUGGAGCAGACUAGAUGGGUGGAACCCUGUGAUAGAUAGACUGACGGGACUUAGGAACGAAAGCUAUUAUAUGGCGACGGGUCAGGAUGCCCCGGUUACGAAUGGACACGGCCACCAUUAUAGGCCGAAUCUAGGCCAUGUGCACAUGUCUAGAUCGCCGCCUGCGCACCAUAAUGUCAUCAUAGAAGAAGACUAUGGGACGACGACAAGGGGCAGCACAGGCGGCAAUGGCGGCGAGUCCGGCAGCGAAUGCGGCGCGGGCUUCAGCCGAGACGCCGUGGGCCGCCGCUCCAUGUCGGAGAAGCGCCACGCUGCCAUGGACGCCAAGCAGACCGGCACCUACAAGAAGAUCAAGGAGAUCAAGGCCGUCAACUCAUUACAAGUAGGCCCGUCGCUGGGAAUGCGCAAGUCGUCCAGUUUAGAAUCGUUACAAACAGCUAUACAAGAGAACCAAAGGCAUCCACGCAAUGAACCAAUUUAUGCGCGAGCGCACCCACCGUUAAAACAUUGGCUAACAGAUGACAAUGGUCCCGAAGGAAUGGUCCGAGGCUCACCACAGCAGUCGUCACUAUCACAUAAAAAGCCGUCCCUACUCAAGUCACUCUCAACUAUGUUCAGGAUCGGCAAGCCCCAUAAAAAACCAGAGACAGAAGUGUACGGACGCUCCCAGCCGGGGCGGUCGUCGGAGAAAUCUUUAUCGCGGGAGGCACUGGAGAGACACAACCGGAUAGACGAGCGGCUGGAUGAGAAUAACCCGCCGCACCAGAGACCGGAGCCGCAGCACUCGCGGCAGAGCAGCAGCGAGCGCAAGUCGGAACGCCGCGCCGCCGCGCCGCCCUACCGCGCGCCGCCCGCCCGCACCGCGCCCACGCAGCAGCAGCAGGCCUUGGACAGCGCGUGGGGACCAACAGGACACUAUGUAAACUACGAAGAAAUACAGCAGAACCUCAACGCGCGAAGAGAGAAGCUCAGUGAAGUGCAGAUCGGACAAAUGAGGCGGCAGGUGCACGCGCAACGGGCCAAGGCUGAGGAGGAGAGUCGUCGGGCAGGCGGCGGAGCUGGCUACCACUCUCAGCGAUCAUGUAGGGACGCUCCGAGGCCACAGUCCAACUACUACGAGUACGAGACCGCCCCCCCUAGGAGGCCCGGCAAGCUGUCUCACUACCACUGACGGUACUUGGAACUGGUAACUGUGUGUGUAAAAGUACCCGCAAUUUUAACUUGUGGGCAGUGAGCUACCGCCUAUUCAUCCUGGACAGUAAAGCUUGAAAAACUCCAAGCUGCUAGGGCUUGGAGCAGUGAUAGUCCACUGACGGUACUUGGAACUGGUAACCUGGUAACUGUGUUUGUGUAAAAGUACCCGCAAUUGUAACUGUGGGCUUGUGCUAUGAGCUACUAAACCGCCUACUCUCAUAAAGUAAAGCUCAAGUAGCUCUUGGGAAGUUGAUAAAAAUACCUUUGGCAGGAAUAUUUGGUACUUGUAGCUGUGUUUUU